AAGAGAAAAAUAAAGACUGUCACAAGUCAGUCUCAUACACACUAAAAUGAACAGACUUAAUAAAACUAACUUUUUAAAAAGUUUUUCACCCAAGUGUAAACCUCAUGCAUGCCAGUCACUUAAGAAAAUAAGUGCCAGGUGUUUCAAGAUUUCACACAAAUUGGCAAAAGUAACAGAUCUGACCAAAUAUCUAAUAAAGCAAAUAGAGAAUAUCAGUAUAUUUCUGUGUUGCCCUAUCAGAUCAAAUAUUGGCAGGAAGACUGCCCACUGCUCUUUCAACAGUCACAGAACAUGACUAUGUGAGUUGUAUGAUAUGAAAAUUGAUUGAAAACUAUUUCACCCCAACUGCAUCCCACCACUCUUGCUCAAUUUCAUGAAUUCAAAUAUUAAAGCAAAGCAGACAACAGAGUGCUGAUCUCCAUUGUGUGAUGAAACUGUCAUUAUCUGCAAAAUUGCAGGUUUUUAGUUGUUAAAGGUGCAACCAGGAAAUGUCCCAACAACUUGUUCUCUCGUAUGAGCAGUGUUGCAUCGUUGCACAGAACUCUACAUCAGACCCAUUCAGUCGUUUUUACAAUAUAUAUCAUAGACACAUAUUUGGAAUCUGAAUUUUGGUGGACUGUACAUCUGAAGAGCUGCGAUUGUUUGGAAACGGAAUAUAAAGGAAGAAUCGCUGAUAAAUCAGCCAUGAGUGACAAACAGCAGGCAGACUCAGCAGCAGUCAGAGAAAGACAACAGACACUUGAUGACUUCAGCAGUAUCUCCAGCAAAGACCUGCUCCCAGCUUCAGGAGGUGAGGAGAUGACCAGGGGGUUUUUGCAGGAGCUGGUUAACAUCUUGUUGGAUUACAUCUGCAAGUCAAGUCAGAGGAGUUCCAAGGUUCUGGAUUUCCACCAUCCUCACCAGCUCAAGGAGGGACUGGAGGGUUUCAGUCUGGACCUGCCUGAACAACCUGAAACUCUGGAGCAAAUACUGGUGGACUGUAGAGAUACACUCAAGUAUGGUGUCAAUACAGGCCAUCCCCGUUUCUUCAAUCAGCUAUCCUCAGGUCUGGAUGUGAUUGGCGUAGCUGGUGAGUGGCUGACCUCUACAGCCAACACUAACAUGUUUACAUAUGAGGUGUCUCCUGUCUUCAUCCUCAUGGAGGAGGUUCUACUGAGGAAGAUGCAAAGCAUUGUGGGAUGGUCUGACGAUAAGGGAGAUGGAAUCUUCUGUCCAGGAGGUACAAUAUCCAACCUGUACAGCAUCCUGGUAGCCAGAUAUCACUUCUACCCAGAGGUGAAGACCAGAGGGAUGAGACAUCUGCCGCAGCUGGCCCUCUUCACUUCAGAACAUAGUCACUAUUCAGUAAAGAAAUCUGCUGCAGUGCUGGGGAUGGGCAGUGAGAAUGUGGUCAUGGUGAAAUGUGAUGAAAGGGGUAAAAUGAUUCCUGCUGAGCUUGAGUCUUCCAUUGUUGCAGCUAAGGAAAAGGGUUUGAUUCCAUUCUAUGUGAAUGCGACAGCAGGCACCACAGUGUACGGAGCCUUUGACCCUCUCGAUGCCAUCGCAGACAUCUGUUAUAAACACACACUGUGGAUGCAUGUUGAUGCAGCUUGGGGUGGAGGCCUGCUGAUGUCAGACAGACACAGAAUGAAACUACAGGGCAUUGAACGAGCUUGGUCUGUAACAUGGAAUCCUCACAAGAUGAUGGGCAUCCCUCUGCAGUGCUCUGCCAUACUGGUCAAGAAGAGAGGUCUCUUACAGGAGUGUAAUGAGUUAGGGGCUGAGUACCUUUUCCAGACAGACAAACCCUAUGAUGUGAGCUACGAUACUGGAGAUAAAAGCAUCCAGUGUGGCCGACAUGUCGAUGUCUUCAAACUCUGGCUGAUGUGGAAAGCAAAGGGCUCGGAGGGCUUUGGAUCUCAGGUCAACAAAUGCUUAGAGAAUGCUGAGUAUCUGUAUGAUCAACUGCAGAGGAGGGCAGACUUUGAACUUGUCUUCAAAAACAAACCGGAGCACAGCAACGUGUGUUUCUGGUACAUUCCUCCCAGUCUGAGAACCCUGCCACCUGGACCUGAUAGAGACACAAGACUCCAUUUGGUGGCCCCUCGGAUCAAAAGCAGGAUGAUGGAGACAGGCUCUGUUCUGAUUGGCUAUCAGCCUUUAGAAGCUAAAGUCAAUUUCUUCAGGUGUGUGUUCUCCAACCCUGCUACACAGCAAGAGGACGUCGACUUUCUGCUGGAGGAGAUUUCCCGGCUGGGCAAUGACCUAUGAUCUCUGAUAUGUUUUGUUUGGUCUCACCCCAGUUAAUGCCAUUUCAUAGGAAAUAAAUUCACCUGACUAUGAGAACGUUUUGCUGUGCCUUCAGCAU